UUCAACAGACAGUACAGACACAAAGGGACCGGGACGACGAUAACCUUAUCUGUGUAUUUUUCUUGAGAAUAUUAAUCCACAUUAUUAUAGUAAAUUAACCGAAUAAUGUUUUCAAACAGCACGCAGAGAAAGUAUUGGACAUUUUCUGACGAAAAUGAACUGCAGAGACUUCGCGAUGAAGCUAAUCAGAAAUACACAAAGGCUCACAAAAUGAAAGAGGGCGAGGAGUGGCUUUUCCUGUCCUCUGCUGAGGAACGGGUGCUGCUGCUUCAUUAUCAGUUGCAACUGCGAGACUUCUGCCGCAAGUUCCAGCCCGCCAUGCCUCGUGCAGUCGCCGGCACUGCUUUUCACUAUUUCAAACGUUUCUACCUUAACAACUCUGUCAUGGACUACCAUCCUAAGGAGAUCCUGGUGACAUGUGUGUUCUUGGCAUGUAAGGUGGAAGAGUUCAACGUUUCUAUUCACCAGUUUGUGUCCAACAUCAAAGGUGACAGGGAAAAGGCUUCGGACAUCAUCAUCAACAAUGAGAUGCUGCUAAUGCGCCACCUCAACUAUCAACUGACUGCGCACAACCCUUUCCGCGCUGUUGAAGGCUCCCUCAUCGACAUCAAGACUCGCAGUCAGCUGGUGAACCCAGAGAGGCUGAGGCCGGGUGUGGAAGACGCUCUGGACAAAUUACAACUGACCGAUUGCUGUCUGCUGUUCGCUCCUUCGCAGAUAGCACUGGCAGCCAUCCUACAUUCUGUCAGCAAACUGCAGGAAAACCUCGACUCCUUUGUCACUGAAGUCCUCCUGGGUCCUGAGCACAAGGAGUACAUCCACCACAUCAUCGAGAUUAUUCGGAAGAUAAGGUCAAUGAUCAGAAGCUAUGACCCUCCUUCACGAGACAUCAUCAAAGGUCUGGAGAAGAGGCUGGAGAGGUGCCGCAACCAAGAGAACAAUCCGGACAGUCAGAUCUACAAAGAGAAGAUGAGAGAGAAUGUAGAUGAUGAAGAUUUCGACAUGGGACCUAGAGUACACACAGAAGGUGAAAAACCCAAAACAGGGCUACAUGGUAUCACUAGUUUGAGCUCUAAUUCGAGUUAGUAUUUGCGGCCAUUCAAUUCUGUUAAUGUACUUUUAAGGAAAUUUUAAGAAUGCUUAUAAAAAAUUAUAUCCUGUAAUAGUGAACAAUAAUAUAAUUCACAUUUUCAUAUUCAGUUCAAUGUUCAGAAAACACUAAAUUAUGGGUCUUUGUUCAAAGUGAGAUCUAUAAAAGUGGUUUUUUAUGUCAAGAUAUUGCCAUGACAACAUUCAGGAUAAAAUGACAAAAGUAAGAAUACAAGGUUUUGGAUAAUAUGGAAACUGUACUAAGAUUUUAUGAAUGAGAUUUACUUUCUGAAACAUUGAAUCAAAAAGAGAUUGUAAGAUUCUACUUAUGUAUCAUCCAGUUCAGAGCUGAAAGAUUGUAUUUUUUUACACCUUAAUCAAAUAUUUUGAAAGUUAUUAUGCCUAUAUUUUAGCAUUCAAAGUUUAGCCGCAAAUUUGACGUAUUGACAUUAGUUUUCUUUGAAAACAAAAUCUACAUAUACAAGUAUUUAUUCUAUUAAUUGUAUAACCUAGUUAGUUGCAAAUGCCAAUGUAUUACUUUUAUUACAAGGGUUGUCUCAAAAGUAAGUUCACUAUUCUUUUUAAAUAUAAAAAUUAAAGAUAAAAGGUAUAUUUUAAAAACUGUGUUAAAACUUAUUUUUCUAUUUAAAAAUCAAAAGAGCUAUUAAAAAAGGUGAUAACUACAUAAUGUUUUUCAAUUCAGCAUUAUAACAUUCUUCCUUCACACUAAUUAGACAACUUGUCUCAAAUCAUCCUCGUUUGUGAAGCAUCUUUCCCAAAUAUGUUUUUUCAGAAGUGGAAUUCAGGGAAAGGGGGUGGUUUGGUCCAAAGUCAAGUAUGAGUUAGGCUGAUGUUCAAAAGCAUUUCAUAAAACUUCUCAAGCAAGUCUUAAGUCUUGAAGAGCAGUUUGUGGAUGAGCAUUUUCUUGGAACAAGCUGUUUUAGUCAACUUCCCCUUGUGUUGGUCUAGAUUGUCCUGAUUUAUUGCAAUACCUUACAAUAGCUUGCAGCUAUCAUUGUGGUCUCAUAGGAACAUAAAUUUAUCAUCAUCUUAGAAUCUCAACAUAGCCAUGUAUUUUUUCCAGAUUAUACAACUUUUCUUUUUUUGUGUGUUGACUUUCCUUUUCUUUUGGAUUUGGGCUUCCAGUAAUUAAUCCCUUUUUCGUCCCUGAUCACUAUUCAGUUGAAUAAACUAUCUUGCUCAUUUAAAGUUGCAGUCACUCUCCGCUGCUUGUGCUCUAAGCAGGUUCACAACCCACCUUGCAUAUAAUUUUCAUAAAUGCAUCAUCUUAGAUCACAUCUCUGAGGAUGAAAUAUCUGAGAAAGGCUUUUAGAUCAGCAACUUCCAACGUCUCUAACAACACUCAAGGGACAGGAAGUGGAGGAGUGGUGGUUGUUCGUAUAUUCAUUGUGUAAUGUUAUUCUCCAUUCUAUGAAUGAUCGGCUUCAAUGAGAAGCCAUUCGGUUUUUAAAUAACAUUAUUAUCGUAAACAAUACAUUGUGCAAUGAGUUUCAAUCACAUUUAAAUUUUUGUCUAUCGAAAAACAAACAACACUACAAACUUUGCAAUCGCCAGUAUGAAAAAGUAGUUCUUCCAUAGUUGUUGGAUUGCCUGUUCAAUCUACGAGGCACGUUGUAAUUUCAUUGCUGCCACUACACCCAAACUCAAGUUCCCUGUUACUUCUGAAAUUUUCCCAUCUACCAAACGGAUUAAAACAAUAGUGUGAUUUACUUUUGAGACGACCCUCGUAAACCAAUUAUUGGCAUUGCUUAGUAUGAAAUUUUGUUGGAAGAUUAGUUAACAUCCAAACUGUUAUCUUGUUUUGAUGUUAUCAACUUACAGGUGUGAAAUUAAUAUAAAAUGUAUUUAUUAGAUUAACUUGUUUUGUGUUGUAAAUCAGUCAAUAUAAUGUAGUCAGAGAUGUAUUUAAGUCUAGGGGGGUUUCCUACCCAAUCAAACUUUAAUAGGGUAAUUUUCCUUUAAACUCUUAAAAUCUUGCAGAUGAAGGUUAGAAUGCUUUGAAUAGAUGAGAUGAGAAAUAUUUCAUCAUGUUUUUGAUCGUUUACAAUGUCAACAUUGUUCUUUAUUUAUAUUCUUAUUGAUUAUAAACAGCUUGAAUGACGAGUUAUCCUUUAAUAUUGUGUUGAUAUAUUUGUGUGUGCUUAUUGCAUUUCAUUUAAAUAAAGAGUAGACCUCAAAUAAGCUGUAAUUCGAUGAACUAUUCAUCUAAUCUAUUCAAAGCAUACAUAACCUGUAACUGCAAAUUUUACGACUUUAUUAUGACAUCAUUUGAUGCAAUAAUGGUGGUAAACCUCAAAGACUUCUGAGAGUAGUAGUACUUCCGCUGGUAGUAACCGUGGAACAAAUGUUAAAUAUAACUGAAGGUCUUUGACAUUUUAACUCAUAAGUUUCCAUAAUAGAUGGAAAUAUAUUGUCCUUUUUGACUUCCAAAUUAUAUAAACGGAAAAGAUUGUAUAUUAACAAUCAAGUAAAGUGUAUAUUUUUGUCUUGGAUGCAAUAAUGGAUGUGUGUAUGUGUGUGUGUGUGUGUGUGUGUGUGUGUGUGUGUGUGCGCACACUUGUGUAUAAAAUAAUGUCUGUUACAUGUCUAAACUACUAUCUUGCUACUUUUGUUCUUGAUCUUUAAUAACAUAGUGUUGUGAUUUUCCAAGUUAUAGCCAUUGUAAAAAUCUAAUUCUAAAAUUUUUUUAUUUUAUCUUAAAUUUAUAAUAAAAUCAAUUGUAAUGUAGACAAAUAUUGAUUAAUUACGCGUAAUAAUUGAGACACCUACAAAUUUGUAUAAUACAAAUUCUUGAUAUUUCAGGCCAAUUUUCUAAAUCAAAGUAUAUUUUCAAAUAAAUUUAAAAAGUGAUGCAUUACAGUAUUUCAAAAAUUGGCUUUAAAUGUAUCAAUGAGAUAAAUGCGAAAAAAUUAUGAAUUGAAAUAAUCACACUAUGCAGAUUUUGAUAGCGUGUAAACCACCAUUGUUUUGUCAGCAACAUGAUAAUUCAAUCCUAGAGUAGGAUUCUUGACCUCAUUAAUGUUCUCAAUUAAGGGUUUGUUUAUUGCUGAUUAAUCACUUGUAUGACUAUCAUUUAGUUAUUCAUAUAAAUUGAUAAGUUUUGAAAACUAUGGUAAUCUCAGCCAUGUGUUUGUACCAUCGACAAUGUUUUUAUGGUUAUUAUGUCUCUUAAUGUGUAUAAUAUUUAAUCUGUGCCACUAUCUCAAGUUAAGACUGAAACUUUUAAUGUUUAUGUUUAUAUAAUGUAUUUAUAUUGUAAAAAUGUAAUAUUAUUAUAUGUAGUUUGUAAAUUUAUCUUUUCCUACAACGUUAUGUGUAUAUAAAUAACAUGUGUAUUAAAUAUUUUUUACUUCCUUAA